GAUUGUUAACUUGCCCUCUCUUAUUAUAUAUGACAGCUUCUGAUCCUAAUUAUUUCCGAUCUGGUGUCAUGACGUGGAAAGAAUUCAGGGACAAGGGCUAUGAGGGAAGUUACAGGCCGACCCCUGAUGACUGGCAUGAGACUCAAGACGUUGUGUCAUCCCGAAAGAAAAGGUCAACCUUCCAGUCACGUUCCAUCCGCGAAAUUCUCAAUAAGAUACAGUUCACCUUAGGGGGUGACGUGGACUGUGAGCAGAUGGACAAAAGUGUUUACUGUAACGGACCCUUGCCCCCUGGCUACACAUUUGUAGUCAAGGUGUUUGCUUGUACCGCAGGAGGAUGCAAACAGUCAGACACUGGUAUUGUUAUCAUCACCCUAGGUGAAGGGAAGUAUCUCUCGCCAGCCCCACAUUGUUUUCCUUGUCCUUCAAAUUAAGGCUGAUAAUGACAUAAAUAUUUAUAGUAAUCACAGGCAGAGGGAAACUUGGGAGGAAAUCAAUAGUUAUUAUACAAGCGCUUGUUAUUGUCUAUAUCAUAUAUCAUUCAUUCACUGUUUAUGCAGUGGAAAAGGUCGAUGGU